AUGCCCUUCAAGGCCCCCGAAGUAGCCAAGUGCGGCAAGUGCGAGAAGAGCGUCUACGCCGCCGAGGAGGUCCUCGCCGGUGGUCUCAAGUGGCACAAGGCCUGCUUCAAGUGCGACCUGUGCAACAAACGCCUGGAGUCGACCAACUGCUGCGAGCACGAGAAGACCCUCUUCUGCAAGACCUGCUACGGGCGGAAGUACGGCCCGAAGGGCGUCGGCUUCGGCGGCGGCGCCGGCGCCCUCUCCAUGGACGUCGGCGAGCACCUGGGCAACCAGAGCUGCGCCAUGGGCAACAAGCCAUCAGGAGUCAACAACUAA